CUUCAAUAUGAUGAAGCGACGGGCUUAUAAGCUGCAAAUACUGCCAGCAGCACUCCUCAUCGGAGCUCUUUACUUCUUUACAAGAAAUGUCCCAUUCUCAGAGAAAUAUGUUUUACCAUCAUCUUCGAGUCGAAUAAUGCCACAGUCACCAGACAAACCGCCGAUAGCGCCUGUUUUUGUCACGGACAACACCGUGGAAAUGGUAGUGGCCAGCACCACAAAAGAAAAUGUGACUUGGCUUCACGACCAUCUUCUUGAUUGGCCAAAAAAUAUAUAUGUCGUCGACGAUGCGACUGCCGAGCUCACAGUACCUCGAAACAAGGGCAGAGAAGCCAUGGCGUUUUUAACGUAUAUCAUUGAUCGCUACGAUUCGCUCCCCUCGACAGUCUUAUUCCACCACGCAGAGCGUUUCCAGUGGCACAACGACGAUCCAAACUACGACGCCGUGGCGCUCCUCCAGAACCUACGACUAGAGACUAUCCAACAAGAAGGAUAUGCCAAUCUGCGUUGCGCGUGGGUGCUCGGCUGCCCUGCAGAGAUUCGGCCAGCAUAUGACGAAUCAUCUCUACAGCCCGGCGAUAUCCUUGCCGCGAAACACAUAUACAAGCAGUCAUUUGAGCACCUCUUCCUGGGAGACGCCGUACCCGACGUCGUGGGCGUCACCUGCUGCUCCCAGUUUGCAGCCACUCGCACCGCCAUUCAGCGCAGAUCACGGCAAAACUAUGUUAGAUACCGUGACUGGCUCUUAGCUACUGAGUUGCACGAUGCACUCAGCGGCAGAGUCUUUGAGUACGCCUGGCACAUUAUAUUCGGCAAAAAUGCUGUACACUGCCCGGAUGCAGGAUCAUGCUACUGCAAGCUCUACGGACUAUGCAAUCUCCACUGCGAUAAGCAGUCGUGUGAGGGCCAGUACACGCUGCCCACCUACGCCACUUUACCAGCUGGAUGGCCGCGUCUUGACUGGAAUGGGGAGGAUAGGAACUGGGUCGAGCCGAAGCGGCGGUCAAAAUAGCCUCAUGAACAAAAUACCAAUAUAUCGUAAGACACUCCGAAUUUGUAAACUUCCUUUGUGCCGUCUGCUCCAGCGGUGUACGCAGCGGAAACCCUGCCCCCCAAAAGCGCCUAUACUGGCGUCGAGCCUACGACGGACAAGAUGUUUGCCAAGCUCCAAGAGCGAUUCGCUGCUUCCUGUUAAGCAGUCGGCAAGAAUUUUUGUUUUCGCAGUUAAACGAGGAUCCAAGCAUUUUGAAUUUCAACGAUAUCAAUUAUCGAUUGAGAGAUGGUAUCCUAGCAUAAUGAAUUUGGCAAAUAUAAAACAGUUUCCAAACGUGUUUGCACGUACGAACCAUAAUCCCUGGCUGCUACGUGCUGCUGGGUGAUGCUUUUUGCGCGUCCCUGAUAUAGACUGAUCUUCGCUCCAGUUGCAUUAAAGGAGGGCAGCGGCCAUCGCCAACCCAACCAGUCCUAGAGGUAGCAGCCCAAAUGUCGCCCGCUGUGAGCCUUCCGAGGCCAAGAGAGCCGACUUGAACUGCGGAUUAUCUCGUCCUAGACAUUGGUGAAGUUGCCAAGGAUUUUGUUAUGGUUACUAGUCGUAUUGUAGUAUUGUUUUGGGAUUAGACACCGUGGGUAACAUGAGUCCUCAAGGGUGAUGUGUAUAGAUUCGCAACAACGCAUCAUGGCUGUUCCGUUAUACGUUCCGGUAGACGAUAGGCCACAUGCCACGGCAUAUUGACCUUUUGGGACAAAAAAAGUGCCGUCUGGAAGGCGGCUGCCUGUGAGGCAAGCCCCGCCUAGAUCACUGGUAGCAUUUAGACUAGGAGGGUAAACGACAUCCAUGGACUUGUUGAAUGCCAUUGUAGCUUGUUAUGAUUAUAUGAUUGUUUUAUGAUAGUAAUCGUGGUGUGGAGUUUGCUGCAAAUCCCUUGGAGAUCAGACUGCCAGAGUUAUGAAGACUCUCUGGCUGCACCUCUCGACGUCACUGUUGGCAGCUCCUUCUGGAGGCAAGGCUGUCGGGCGCUCGCUGUAAACACCGUCGGCCGAAUGGUCUUCCUUGGCAUUGCACGCCGAAGACGUCAUGUGGAAGAACCAAUAAAGGAUGGAUCCAAUAUGUGUACCUUGCGCCACCGUCGCCCGACGGUGUACGGCGUGUGAGAUUAGCCCAAGAUGGGCCGAAUUGGGCAACCGCUGAGGAUGGCGCGCCCUGACCAGUAGUGAGCCACACACAAACAUGUUUCUACUAAAUGAAAGCAAGAAGAGUAAUGAAUCUCUAUCAUUUGGACAGAGAGUUAGUGUGGG